AUGGCACGGGCAGUUGCAGAUCAGACCGGACCGGCACAGAACGGACCAGACCAGCACAGCACGGACCGGGACAGCACGGACAGUUACGGACCAGACUGGCACGGCACGGACCGGCCUGGCUCGGCACGGACCGGAUUCCAGGUGCCGGUCACGUUUGAUGACAUUUCGGUGUACUUCAAUGAGCAGGAGUGGGAGAGACUGGACAGCUGGCAGAAGGAUCUGUACAGGGCUGUGAUGAGGGGGAACUAUGAGACCCUGAUCUCCCUGGACUACGCUGUGUCCAAGCCUGACAUCCUGUCCCAGAUGGAGAGGGAUGAAGAGCUCUGCGCCAAAGACAGUCAGGAGCCCCCACCGACACGUCUCCAGGAUAGUCAGGAGCCCCCGCAUACGUGUGUCCUAGACGGUCAGGAGCCCCCGCAGCCACCGGAAGACUGGGAGGAAGAGGCAUUGGAAGAAGAUGAAGCCCCCAUGGAAGCUGACACAGACUACGCUGUGUCCAAGCCUGACAUCCUGUCCCAGAUGGAGAGGGAUGAAGAGCUCUGCGCCAAAGACAGUCAGGAGCCCCCGCAGCCACCGGAAGAGAUGGACCGGAAGGAAGAAGCAUUGGAAGAAGAUGAAGCUCCCGUGGAAGCUGACACAGAACUCCCCAUCUUGGUGAUGAAUGUCAUGUCACUGAGUACACAAGAAGAGGAGUUGAGCAGGGAAGAUCAGCCCGAGACAGAGCAGAAAGAGGACCCGGUUGAAUUCAGUGCCAAGGAAGGCUUUUCACUGGAAAAUGAAACGGCAUGUGAUAGGACUUCUCCUCCUGGAAAAGUAGAGGUGAAGGAGGAGGAACCCGAGGCAUUGCAAGAGGUUUCCACACCCUCGCCCGACCUGGAGAUCCAGAAAUGCCCAAAAAAGGAGGAAGCCAAACCCAAGAGCAAGAAGAAGCCAAACAAGUGUGCAGCCAGCAGCCUGCUGAUGGGUACCUGUCGGCGGGGCUACGUGCGGGAGUGGUCACACCCCUGCACAGAGUGUGGGAAGCGAUUCCGUCUGAAAAUCAACCUCAUCAUCCACCAGCGGAGCCAUGCCAAAGAGGGGCCCUAUGAAUGCACAGUGUGCGAGAUCAGCUUUGCAGACAAAAGCCAUCUGGACCUGCACCAGAGCAUCCACACAGAAGGCAGGGCCUUUGGGGCCAAGGUCUGGGGGAACGUCCAUCCGGAGUUGAGGAUCCGGCCGAGGAAGAAGUUCUGCGGGACUCUCUAUGGAGGCACCCACAGCCUGGAUCACAGGGCACGCGCUGGGGAGUCCUGGCUGGGCCAGGCAAAGAAUGAACUGGACGCAAGGAGCCUGCCCAGCACGCGUUUCUCCCAAGACCACAGGCGGAGGACUCACGGGAAAUCUCUGCUGAAGUGCAGUAUUUGCCGGAAGAGUCUCUCGUGCCCCUUCUCCCUUCGGAGACACCUGCAGACACACGCCAGUGACAGACCCUAUCACUGCAGUGACUGCAAGAAAUCCUUCACCCGCAGAACGCACCUUUUGCGCCACCAGAAAAUACACGACCGCCAGAAAGCCCUGGAUAUGGUCCAGCAGCCCAAGGCAGCCCAGCCUAAGACUGUCCUGCCAGCGCCCAAGCAGCCCCAGCAAAGAGAAGCGCCAGGGGUACCCAAAGAAGAGGGUGUUCCUCGCUCACUAAAUCACGAAUCGAAGAGAGAUGUUAGUCCUGCACCCACUGCAACCAAAGCUGAUGCUCUCUUGGUUGGUCCUGCAAAUCUCAUGCUUGAAGACAGGCACUGCCAAAUCCGCUGCUUUGGUGGGAGAGCAGUCCAGCCUGUUGUAAGACUAGGAAAUAGGGCAGUGGUUUUGGGGGUGACUGAUAAAUGACAGUAGGAGAGAUCCAAACUGCUUGUGUCCCCAGAGAGAAACAGUGUGAGCAUCAAGACAGAUUUUGAACGUGGUGGGGCACUGGGGUUGUAAACCAUCUGUAAUCUGAAUUUGGGGAGCUUUCUGAAUUAUAGAAUGAAUCAAAGCUUGGAUACCAUCAAAGAGGGCAAAUUACAGACACCUCUAGUGAUACAAAAUGCUUUAUCAUUCCUCAGACUCUUGUGUCUGCUGGCUGAUGCAAGAAAUUAACACACACUGACCUUCCUAGAGUAUCAGAUAUUUCUUCUGCAGCUCUUGCAAGAGGAAUUGCAAACAGGAAUUGAGCUCACCCGUUACGUGAUGUUGGAGCUGAUCCCUUGGAUUUGGAAAUAAAAUUGCACAGUGAAGACAGACAGAAGGGAAUCAGCCUGACAGUAAGCCCAGCUGGAUUCCCAAGGAGCUCAUUUCACUGCUAAAGUUUCUUUACUAUGGGGCAGGUGGAGGAAGUCAGUGUUGUCAUCUCAGGGCCAUUUUGGCAGAACAGUUUGCCCUGUUGGCCUGGCAUCUCUGAGGCUCCAUCUUGUCCUAGCCAUGCUCGUCUGAUAACCCAGCCCAGUGACGGAAUCCUAUUGCCAAACGCCAGAUCAGUUUGAGAAUAUCUGUAUUGCAUUGGUGAGCUUGACGUGUUAUACAACAGCCAGAACGGAACAUAAAUAGAAUGAAUCAAACUGCGAUAUUUUCUGUUUGCAAGGAUGCUGCGAGUGUUUCUGAGGCCCCAGCAGCAUUACUUCCUUCAAAGAGCCCAGCCUUCAACAACUGGAAAUAUGUAACAGGGUUAAUACCCCUAUAACUAGCAACAAGCAUAGAUGGAGAGUCCCUUGGGAAAUACUUAACAGGUAAGAUUACCCUAGCACCCCUGCACUGCUGCAGCAGGCAUGUGAGGACCCCUCCUCCACCUCAGAGGUGUCAGCUGGGACGUCCUGACGCACGCCAGUGACGCUGGGCUCGCCCCCUCCACUCCGUGCUGCUGCAAAGGGAAGCCCCAGUCUCCACAUUGCAGGUGGUCUCCACAUCCAACGUAGCCAUGUGCAGAAUCCAUCAGUAACUGAUCCUGUGAAAGACGAGUUAUGGUAGCUACCUCAGAUGUCCCCUGGAGUGAGAUCUGCCCGCGGGCAGCCCAGUAAUUGGUGAAAGCCAGGCCAGGUUAGCUGACGUGGCUCAGGCAUCCCCAAGAGUCCUUUCAACUGUUCACGUCCCUAGCCAGAGCCCUGCACGUAUCACAUGCACCAGUAGGAAACAUGAAGCACAUGCACAGAAGGAAGAAGCCUGUCCUGGUGGCAUCGCUGUGCAUGGCAAACUGAGAAGCUUUUAGGACUCGUUUUGUGUUUAGUUUUCUGUUUUUCCAUUAAAUUGUGUUUGAUGUAAUUUUUUGAAAUGACCAACUCUCUGUCCCUCCCAGGCCAGGGAGCACGGGGAGCCGGUUUGCUCAGAGUAUCGUUCAUUCUUCCUGGCCGUUUGCAGGGUCUAAUGGACUGCAGAUGGGGCUGCUGCUGGCAGCGUGCGCUGGGCACUGAGAUAAUGUCGUCCCUGCUGUGUCGUGGUGUAACUCCUUAGUGCUCAGUGCACUGCACCCGGCGGUGCCCAGCUGCCUCCCUGCUAGCCUGGAGGGGCAGCGCUGCUGUUCUCCUCCGACGUGGUGUCGGAGAUGGAGGCGCUGAGGGUUUCUUCCUCAGAGCUCCUUUCGGAUGCACAGAACGUCCCAGCGCUCCGCUGGGCCAUUUCCUUGCUCUUGUUUCCUGUCCCUUGAGAUUGCAAUGCAGAGUGUGCCUAGACUGUAUCAUAGCCAUGAGGGGGUGACGGUGGCCAGACAAGUCAGCCUGUGCUGCAGAGCCCUGUGACAUACAGAGGUGGUUGAUGCCUUACGGUCUGUGCUGUGCUAAUGGGGCCAGGGAGCGAGCUCGCUCUCUGGCCUGGGCUCCCCCAGCCAGCACGGGUGCCGCUGCGUGGGCUCGAGUGACUGAGCUGCUUAUCGCUGCCCGGUAGAGCCGGUGAUGCCUGUGACUCGCGUGGGAUGAGCGAGCCGGGACAGCGGUAUUGCCUGUGGGCAGAGCUGGGCCUCUGAGCCCGGCGCUGGGUCUCGUGGAGGAGCUGGCCUCUCCCUUGGGCUGAUUGCCCAGCCUGGGGCCUUUGUAUGUUGUCGUGACUGGGACCAGCAUUUUGUGUGAGGUCCCAGAUCCUUCUCAGGCUAUGGAAUUAAUAAAGUAUUUGUCUGUA